GCGCGCGGCGGCGUGGUAGAUAGACGCACGGUCACGGAAGGCAGCUUCCGGCUGAAGGAGAGCAUCUUCUGCGUCAGCCAUGGGCGCACUCGUUUCUCCAUAUAUAUAUAGGACCCCAAACCCAACUGGGCGACUACAGAGACAACCAACCAAACCGCUGAAACCGCGCAAGCUGAUUGCCGUCCAGGUCGGACUGACGGCUACAUCUUCCUCGUUCCCGGCCUGCCGAGAGAUCACGCGCCCACAGCCCAGCCAAACCUAGCUAGCAGCCUCGGCAUGCGCGGUUCUGCUCGCACGGCAAAUGGCGCCUGCAGCUUCGAUCCUCUCAGCUACGACCUCCGUCGCCGCUGCUUCCAAGCGUCCGUUCGAUUCCGACGCUGAGCCGCUCGACUCUACCGCGCUCGCGCAGGGUGAUGAGGCGGCGCGCAAGAACCAGCAGCUCGAGUGCCCGCGCUGCCGAUCCACCAACACCAAGUUCUGCUACUACAACAACUACAGCACGGCGCAGCCGCGCCACUUCUGCCGCGCGUGCCGCCGCUACUGGACGCACGGCGGCACGCUGCGCGACGUACCGGUCGGCGGAGCCACCCGCCGCAGCAGCAACAAGCGCCGCAGGGUCUCCGCCGAGCCGUCUUCCUCGUCGCCGCCCCCAACAUCGGCGCGAGCGGAGGACGCGUACCCAGACCUCCCAACCUUCCCGUUCCUCACUGACGGCAGCUUCCCGCCGCAGUUCGAUCUCGGCGUUGCACCGACGGCGGCGUUCUCGUGGCCGUCGGUGGUCCCGGACUUUUAUGGCGGGCUCGCGCCGUGGGACGAUGGAACGGCUGGCGCCGCCGGCAUGACGGGCGCGUGGGGCGACAUCACCGGCCUGGAGCUCAGCUGGCCACCACCGGGCAACUGAUCAUGGCAGCCGGUCGCCGUUUGAGGCUCCAGUUUUAGCAGUGCGGCCUCAGGUAGUGCUUCCCAGUAUGUGUGCUGAGCUAGGAAUGUAAGCAGCAAUUCGAUUCUCCAGUGAGUUUACUGUUUGAUCUCAUGCUUACACAAAUCUUUGUAUC